GGUUUUAGUAACUACAUUAAAAAAAAAAAAAAAGAACCAUUUCUAUUCACCCGUUAGCCAGCCAGACAUAGCAAAUCAUCACCACAGUAGUCGAUUCAAUGGCAGUUUACUCCACUCCAUUCACUCUGCAUCACAACAAACUUUGCCUUCAAAACCAUCCAAUUGUUGCCUUAAAUCUUCACCACCAUCGUCGUUUCUCAACCAUCACCAAGUGCGUAAAUUCUUCCAAACCCAACCAUACAACUUCCAUCUGUGUUCCUGAACACGAAUUAAUGUUAAUGAAUGUUGCCACUGUCCUCCAUUCACUGGAUUUAACCAACCCAGAUCAGUGUGUUCAGUCCUACGCUUUAAUUCUUAGAAACUGUCGCAAACUCCAUAAUCUGCAACUGGGUUUACAACUUCAUGGACAUAUGAUUGUCACUGGAGUCGACUUAUGUGAGUUUCUUGGGAGUCAGUUAUUGGAAUUUUAUUGCAAGCUUGGUACUGUUGAUGACACACGCAAGUUGUUCGAUGAAAUGUCUGAGAGAAAUGUGUUUAGCUGGACUUCGGUGAUAGGGCUGUAUUCUGAACUGGGUGACUAUGAGGAAGUGAUUAGUUUGUUUUAUAUGAUGAUUGACCAAGGCGUACGGCCUGAUCAUUUUGUUUUUCCAAAAGUGUUUAAAGCGUGUGCGCAGCUCAGGGAUUAUAAGUCUGGGAAGGAUGUGUAUGAUUACAUGACAUCCAUUGGGUUUGAAGGGAAUAAUUCUGUCAAAAGGGCUUUUCUUGACAUGUUUCUUAAAUGUGGAAGGAUGGAUAUUGCAAGACGGUUGUUCGAGCAGAUGGAUUCAGUUGAUGUUGUCAUGUGCAACAUGAUGGUUUCCGGGUAUGUGUCAAAACGGGACUUUGAAAGAGCAUUGAGGUAUGUUGAUCAAAUGAGGCUUAAAGGUGUCAUGCCUGAUCGUGUUACGUAUAACACAAUCCUUAGUGGUUUAGCUCAAGUUGGACGGUUCAAAGAGGCUGCCAAAUAUUUCUCGAAAAUGGAUGGGUUUGGAGAACUAGAACCAAAUAUCGUGUCUUGGACCGCACUAAUAACAGGGAAUAUGCAGAAUGGAAGUCCCUCUCGAGCGUUGAAUAUAUUCAGGAAAAUGAUAAACAGAGGAAUAAAGCCAAACUCGACAACCAUUUCUAGUGUUAUUUCUGUGUGUACCAGCUUGUGUUUGGAAAGACUUGGCAAGGAGAUUCAUGGUUAUUGCAUAAAGACAGAAGAACUGGAUUCGAACCUUGUUGUGAACAAUGCGCUCAUUGACUUCUAUUCUAAAUCCCAGAAUGUAAACAACGGGGCAAGAAAAAAUUUCAAUAAAAUUCAACAUAAGGAUUUGGUGUCAUGGAAUUCUAUUCUUGCUGCCUAUGCUACGAAAGGUUGUCGUGACGAUGUGAUUAAAUUGCUUUACGAAAUGGAGUUGCAAGGAUUUUUACCCGACGUUAUCACGUGGAACGGAUUAAUAACAGGCUUCACUCAAUACGGUGAUGGUAAAACUGCUCUAGAAUUCUUUGCUAAAAUGUGCCAGCUCGGUGUUUCACCCAACACGACGUCUAUAUCUGGAAUCUUGACGGCUUGUGCACAAUCGAAGAAUUUAAAAAUGGGGAAAGAGAUUCAUAAUUACACAAUUAGGAAUGGAAUUGAAAUGGCCACGGGUGUCGGGAGUGCUCUCAUAGCAAUGUACUCGGGAUGUGAUGAUCUAGAAGCUUCUCACGCCGUCUUUAACGGGCUUUUAACAAAAGAUGUUGUUAUGUGGAAUUCACUUAUUGCUGCUAGUGGUAAAAGUGGGUUUGGAGUUGGUGCCUUAGAUCUAUUGCGAGAAAUGAAACUAAACAAUGCUCAACCAGAUUCAGUCACCAUGAUUUCGGUUCUGACUGCGUGUUCGAAGCUUGCUGCUUUACGCCAAGGAAGAGAGAUUCAUCAGUACAUAAUUAGACAUGGACUUGACUCGAGUAACUUUGUAUGCAAUGCGCUUAUUGACAUGUAUGGAAGAUGCGGUGCUAUCUAUAAAAGCCGUCAAGUGUUUGACUUAUCAGUUGGUCAAAGAAGAGACAUUGUGUCAUGGAAUGUGAUGAUUGCAGCAUAUGGAAUGCACGGGUUUGGUACAGAAGCUCUGAAACUAUUUAAAUACAUGACAGUUGAUGAGGGAACAAGACCAAAUCAUGUAACUUUCACGAAUCUCCUUUCAGCGUGUAGCCACUCGGGAUUAAUAACCGAAGGGCGUGAUUUGUUCGACUUAAUGAAACAAGAAUACGCGUUGGAACCAGAUAUGGAGCAAUACGCGUGUAUGGUAGAUCUAAUGGCACGUUCUGGCCAAUUAUCAGAAACACUAGAGUUCAUUGAAAAGAUGCCUUUUGAAGCUAAUGCUGCUAUUUGGGGGUCACUACUGGGCGCGUGUAGAAUCCAUUUGAAUCUUGAAAUGGCAGAACAUGCUGCAAGAUUCCUGUUUGAACUCGAACCUGAAAGUUCUGGUAAUUAUAUACUUUUAGCCAAUAUUUAUUCGAGCUUAGGGAGAUGGGAAGAUGCUUCGAGAAUAAGGUGUUUGAUGAAAGAGAGAGGUGUGACAAAAUCCCCUGGAUGUAGUUGGAUUGAAGUUGGUAGGAAAGUUUAUAGCUUUGUUGUUGGAGACACUUCACAUCCUUUUAUGGAUCAAAUUUCUGCAAAAAUGCAAAGUUUAUAUACUAAGAUAAAAGAAAAGGGGUAUGUUCCGGACACCAAGUUUGUGCUGCAAAACAUGGAAGAAGCAGAGAAAGAAAUGAUCCUAUGCGGACACAGCGAAAAGCUUGCUUUGGCAUUUGGUUUGAUUAGUACAUCAGGUUCGAGUCUGCGGAUUAUUAAGAAUUUGAGAGUAUGUGGAGACUGCCAUUCAGCAAUGAAGUAUAUAUCUGCAGUUGAGAAGAGGGAGAUCAUUAUGAGAGAUAAUUACAGAUUUCAUCAUUUUGUUGAUGGUGUAUGUUCAUGUGGGGAUUAUUGGUAAUCAGGCGAUUUGACUUGACUAGACUAGACUAGACUAGACUACACUAGAGGUGUGGGGGCUGUGUAUAUGUGCUGUGUGAAUUCUUUUGUGUAUUUAUUAUCAUGUUGAAGGUAAGAAAUCCCAAACACUCUAAGAAAACUGCUUAUCUGCUGCUGUAACAAACCUUAAGAAGUUGUAACAGAAUUAGACUUUUUUCAA